GCAGUGGUGUGAGUUUGACUACUUCCUGGCGUCUCGAGAGUAGCCCGGGCUCUGCUGACGUUGAAGGUUAAAAGCUUCAAGUUUCAGUCUUGAGUGUGCAGGUUUUCUGUCGUUAAAGUGGGAUGCAGUCAGCGGGAAAACUCAUGAAGGUUUUCAUAACGAGGCGCAUCCCGCAAGAGGGGCUGAAGAUCCUGUCAGCGGCUGGAGUGUGUGAGGUGUCUCAGUGGGACUCCGAUGAGCCUGUUCCGAGGGCAGACCUUCUCAAAGGUAUUCAGGGGGCUCACGGUCUUCUGUGCCUGCUGUCGGACAAGAUCGAUGCUGAGGUCCUGGAGGCUGCAGGGCCGAACUUGAAAGUGAUCAGCACGCUGUCUGUGGGAUUCGACCACCUAGCCAUCGAUGAGAUCAAAAAACGUGGUAUUCGUGUUGGAUACACCCCGGAUGUCCUGACUGAUGCCACAGCAGAGCUGACUGUGGCUCUGCUGCUGGCCACCGCUCGCAGAUUACCAGAGGGAGUGGAGGAGGUGAAAAAUGGUGGCUGGAGCUCAUGGAAACCUCUCUGGCUGUGUGGUUACGGUCUUUCUGGCAGCACUGUAGGAGUCAUUGGACUGGGACGCAUAGGCAUGGCCAUAGCUCAGAGACUCAUGCCAUUCGGAGUAAAGAGACUUCUGUACUCUGGGAGAACAGCCAAGCCGCACGCUGCUGAAGUGAACGGAGAGUUUGUUCCCCUGGACACACUUGUGUCUGAGAGCGACUUCAUUGUUGUUUCCUGCUCCCUGACACCAGAAACCCAGGGCAUGUGCGACAAGAGUUUCUUCAGCAAGAUGAAACCCACCGCAGUCUUCAUCAAUACUAGCAGGGGGGCUGUGGUGAAUCAGGAGCAUCUAUAUGAGGCACUGAGCAGUGGACAGAUAGCCGCAGCUGGACUGGAUGUCACAACACCUGAGCCACUUCCAACAAACCACCAGCUUCUCACGCUAAAGAACUGCGUGGUGUUACCUCACAUUGGCAGUGCCACCUACUCCACGAGAGGCGUCAUGUCGGCAUUGGCAGUGCAAAACCUGCUGGGUGGUCUGCAGGGCACAGACAUGCCCAGUGAACUCACCCUCUAAGAGCCUCAAAGUGAGCCGCUGUGCCUCUUCUGCUGACAGCAGAAAACAAUAAUGAAGUAAUGUGGAUGAAAAGAAUAGUAAGAAUGUAGUUCAGUCACGGUCGGGGACAUGAUCAGUGUUGGCUUCAUAGUUUCACUUUAAUCUGUAAUUUUUGACACCGAUAGCACUUGUUAUAUUCAUUGUGCAUUUUUGAGGAAGGAAAUGAUUGGUGCAUUUUUGUGAAAUAUAUUCAAGUACUUAAUGGCCUAAAUAACAAACCAUCGGCCCUUGUUAACCCUAAAACUUCUCAAAAUACACUAUAAUGUAUUCUUAAAACUCAUCUCCCCCAUUUUAAAAUGCAAUAUUUACCACAAUGAACUUACUUAUCUGCACUUUCUCUGCUAAUACUUCAUCUCUCCCGUUACUGAAACAGCAUAACACUCCAGUUUUUGUAAUGAAAUAUGAUUUUUCUGAAGAAUAAAAAGCCAACUUUCAUGCA